UGGAAGCGAUUUUGGUGGAACGACGGUCGGUUGAACGGCUAAAUUGUUACUUAUAUGUACAUAUAUGUAGGUACUUAUUGUGGUCGGUCAAGUUGAGGGGCCGCGCCUAUUUUGGCAAUUGAAACUGCUCGAAAGCGUGCGAAUUUUGCAUUGCAGCUAAUGAUAUUUGGAGAGUUGAGAGUGCCAACCGCCGUGCAAUCUAAGUUAUACUGCAAAAACUGACUUAAAAAAAAAAAUAGGUGCAAAAUGUGCGCUAAAGUGAAUUAUAAAAGCAUAAAGAGAACAAUUUGUUCAAACAAGUGCAAAAAUGGAUAAGAAAAUUAAAUAAAUUUCACACAAAAAAAAAUAGUUUUGUGAGAGAAAAAAAUUUUAGUGCAAUAAAGUGCCCCGAAAUUCCGGAGCUAGUUGUAGGAAAAACUGCAAAUUUCCAAGCUCUUAACAACAAACUCUACUCCCAAACAAAUAAGCAACACUAACAAACACAACAAAUAAUGCCAGCUGCUGAGCGCAGCAAACACAAAGGCGCCGCCACAGCGCCCACUCCACAACACAAUGAGCGCCCACCUGGAACGCCUAUGGUUAGCCAUAGACUACAUGAAACACUGCCUAGCCGCCUCCACCUUCACCUUCCGCGCAGCGGCUACACAUUCCUGUGGCUUGCUGCGCUCUGUUGGGUAGCACCAACCUCAACCUCCGCGCAGUUGCAAGGCAACACACUUGUUGGCGGUGGCGGUGUUGGCAGUCCUGCAGAAAGCAGCAGCGAAAUCGAGUUCGCCAGUCUAGAUGGCGCCGACACACAACUACUCACACCUUUGUUGCCAGCGCCGAGCACUGUGGCGCCACCACCAUUAGAGGUGGUGGAAUUCGUGGAACCUGCGCCUGCUCAACCAGUGAUGUCAUCGCCAUCAUUGUCGUCGUCAUCGUUAUCGGCAGCGACAGCGGAAGCGGAAGCGGCGGCGGCGGCAUCAAGUUACACCGAAUUGCAGGGUGGCGAAAUCAAUGGCGAGCGGACGUUGCAUUUCAGUGAAAGUCCUUUUUUGGCACGCCAGCACAUCGAAGUGGCCAGGGGCGCUCGGCUGAUCAUCGAACCGGGUGUGCGUGUGGAAUUUGCACCCACUGUGGGCAUAACUGUGCGCGGCGUACUGCAUGCGGUGGGUAUUCCUACUUCACGCAUCACUUUAACAGCGCAGGCGCUACCAAUAGCCACCCAAACAGAUAUCGUAGAUGCAGAGGUGCGUGGCGCACGUUUGGUGGACGGACCCACGCCUUUAGAAGGUCGUCUGCAACUCUAUCACAAGGGCGCGUGGCGCGAUGUCUGCACGAACUCCAGAAAUUGGACGCUCGUGGACUACGCGGUCGCAUGUCGUCAAAUAGGCUUUACUGGUGGCCGCUUUUGGAAUUGGGUCCAACGUACGCCAGGCUAUCAUCCACGCCUACUCUUUGAGCAACCGCGCUGCAAGGGUGGCGAGAGCACUUUGUUGAGUUGCGCAUGGGCGACGCGUCAGCUGGGGUCUGGCGUGUGUGACUACCACAACGACAUUGGCGUGCAAUGCCAAGCAGUGCACAAUGCACCGAUGAGUUAUUGGCGUGGCCUAUACUUCGAGAAUGCGCCUGCCACAAAGACGCUCGGUAAUGAUAAUAUUGUCUACACAGCGCUCUCACAAUCUACAUUGCGUUAUGUGGAUAUUACACGCGCUGGUGUGGGACGAGCAAACAGCGUCAAGUCCGCAGUAGAAGCGAUCGGUCUGCCACCCGUUAUGCAACAUGUUGUAAUCAGCCACUCCGCCUACACCGGCUUCAAUGCAACGCUACCACGCGGCGGCUUUGUCAUGCAGAAUGUGACUGUGCGGAAGAAUAAUGGAAUUGGCGUGUUUGUGAAUUCCAGUCAGGGUAUGGUGCAACUGGAGGGUUGUAACAUUUUAGAGAAUGUUGCAGAUGGCGUCAAGUAUGUGGGACACGAUUUACGUGCCAAUGAGCGCAUGGAUCGCGCUGCCAUCUAUGACUUCUGCACGCUACCGACCACCUCCGGACAAACCUAUCCAAUCACGCUGUCCUUCACACAGAAGUAUUACGCUGGUUCGGAGAAGGUGUGUGGCAAAUACUUUUUCACGCGCCCUGGCUACCUGUUGACGGUGCACUUCGAGUCCUUUGACAUGCGUAACAACGAGACGUCCACAAUGGAGAUCUUCGACGGCACAUCGGACAGCGAUCGCGUGCUCUUCGCUUGGCAAGCGCGCAACUAUACGCGUCCGCAGAGCGUGACUAGCAAUCGCGAGAAGCUUUUCAUACGCAUACGUGCAGACGCGCGACAGGAAGUGAAUGGAUUUCUGCGACUCACUUCGGAUGAUACGCGCGCCUAUGACUUGCGCGUCGCAAACUCUGUAGUGGAGGAUAAUGGUGGACGCGGUAUUGCGAUCGAUAACAUACGCUCUAAGCUGCAUGUACACGGCAGCUACGUCUCGGGCAAUGGGCAUGUGUCGGGCGUACAUGUGACCAGCGGCGCGGGGGAUGUGAACAUCACGAGCAGCAAUAUCACUUUCAAUCAGGGUGGCGGCGUCAACAUCACUUACUAUGGCGGUAAUCGCAACAUCUCGCGGAGCGCCAUACAAGCCAACAAGGGUUACGGCAUUGCAGUGUGGCUGAAUGACACCAGCGCGCCAGAACGCAUUGAGUACAUACCCUUCAAUCAAACAACGACGGUAGAGUAUUCACAAAUAGGCGGCAACUUGGAGAUGGGCGUAUUUCACGGCAACUACUGUCAGCCCAUUUGGGUGAACAUCACUGGCAACAGCUUCAACGGCAGUCUACACAAUGAUGUGUUCGUCGAAUCUUGUUGGCGCUUCACGGCGAAUAAGGAGCCGAACAUGCAGCUGCAGAUUGGACACAACACUUUCGACUUCAGUCAGAAAAACUCAAUAUUUCUAAGUCCCGCGCUCAACUUGCAAGGCAAAAUCGAGUUUAAUCACUUUCGUCUCGGCAAUUAUGGCGCGAUAUACAUACGCAACGACUACAUUUACCAAAAGUUCAAUUUCAUGCCCGUACGCAUGCUAUUACAGAGCAACCAUUUUCGACGCAACAGUGGCGUUUACGUCGUCUCGCUGGGACUCUCACCGUACAGCACACGCGAGCUGCAGUCGCUACUCUUCACGCGCAACUUUGUGCGCGACAACAAGAUCUCCGAACCAUUUGGGCCGCUGAUAGAGGGCAGUGUAGGCAGCGAUGGCUCGGGUCGUCUCAAUCCACGCUGCCGUGUCGCUGCUGCGGUGGUUGUGACCUCAAGCAAUGUGGAUAUAUACCGCAACAUUCUUUACAACUUGGACUCCGCCUACGAGGUGGGCUCACAGCUGAGCGAUCAGAGUCAGAUAAUCAAUGCAACCUACAAUUGGUUGGGCCACUCAGAUGAGUAUAAGAUUUUCGCGCGUCUUUUUCACCGCAACAAUCGCUACAAUCUGGCCAAGAUACAGUACAUACCCUAUCUGCUGCACAGCUCGAAUCCCGGGUCGACGACAAUAAUCACAAUGUCCACGCUAGUGCCGCGCUUCUCGCAGGAGGGCUCUGAUCUGAUUGGCGGCGAAAUUGAUGGGCAGGAGAUCCUAUCCUCCGGCACUUACCGCGUCACUAAAGAUAUCAACAUACGACCGGGUGGCAAGCUAACGUUGCAGCCUGGUGUGACGCUGCGGUUCGAGCCGAGCGUGGGCAUGAUGGUCGCAGGUAAGCUGGAGGCACGCGGACGUCGACCGGAUGACAUAUUUUUUACGCUGAACCGUGAGACAGUCAUUGCCAUGGAUAAUACCACCGACGUGGAUCAGUUGGAUGUCGAUAUUAUAGACAUUGAGACGGAGUCGAUUAUCGAAAAGAAUGGGCCACCGCGUGUGGCGGUGCGUCUCGUUGGUGGCGCUGGCGAGUAUGAGGGCCGCUUGCAGGUCUACUUGGAUGGCCGCUGGGGCACGGUCUGCGACUACGGCUGGACGGUGUUGAAUGCAGCGCUUGUGUGUCACCAUCUCGGCUAUACGCUCAAUCCACGCGACUGGCGGCUACACCGCUCACAAAUGCCUACAGUGGGCGUCACAGAAGAAGUGAUCGUUUCGAAUAUGCGUUGCACUGAGCACGAUACAGAUAUCACCAAGUGUCGUGCGGAGUAUGCAACGCGUGGUGAGUUUGAGAACUCGUGUACGCAUGACAAUGAUGUGGGCAUGCGUUGCUAUGAAGGCGCUUGGGCGGGUUUGCGUUUUAGCAUGCUGGCGGAGCGCGCAGAUCUACAAUAUCUGACUAUCGAAAAGGCAGGGCUGUUCGACUACACCACAAAUGUCUUUAAGCCAGCAAUACAAAUGGACUUUGCGCGCCACAAUCUGGAGAAUGUGCGCGUGGUGGAUAACUUGCAGGAUGGGUUGGGUGUAGUAUACGCAGACAUUUACGGCGGCAAGUCGGUGAAUAAUAUCAAGAAUUGUGAGUUCGUGGGCAAUCGCGGUAACGGCAUCAGCCUGAAGCAGCUGGAUUUGCGUAUACAAGGCUCCAUAAUCAAAAACAAUCGGGAUAGCGGCAUCUCACACGACCCUGUAAUUUCGGCGGUCGAGCAGAAUGAGCUCGGCGGUUGGUUUAAAAUGGCCGUAGACUUCAACUCGUUCGAAGCGGACUACGAUCCGUAUGUAUUGCCGCGCGAUGAGGGUCAGCUUGACUUGGAUACUUGGCAAAAUAAAUACAUAUGCACCGAGCCAGUGCGCGGUGAGUCGAUUAGCCGCAAAAUAGUUGUGCGCUGUCCGGCUGGAUAUGUGCUGGGCAUACAGCUGCUGAAUCCCAUACAAAACUUGUCCACGGAGCACAUAGCCAUACUCGACUCGCAAACUGAGAAUAGGCGUUCCACGCUGUGGCAGCUAAUACGUGAUCUUAAUGUUUUCCCUACGACUAGCAGCAGUUACGGCAUCAUCAUCUACUACGAGAGUGGUGCAAAUGCGCUGGGUGGCACUGUGCUGCGACUCUCCACUGUCACUGCACCCGUGCAGAACAUCCGCAAUAGAGUGGUAAGUGGACCGGUGCCCACGCUCAGCAUACGCUCGACGAAGAUACAGAAGAACUUUCGCGGCAUUGCGGCCUACUACUACAAUCGCUAUGUUGGCGAUAAUGGCGAGUAUUAUUUGCGAAAAGCGAAUGAGUCUAUGAAAAUUGUGAAUUCGGAGAUCAGCUCGAACCUACUCGAGGCUAUUCUAGUUAAGUCACCCUUCUGGGAUGCGCAGUACAGCAAUAUUUCUGAGGUCACCAUACAUGUGAAUAGCUCAAUGAUCACGCAGAAUGGGCAUGGCAUACGACAGCUGUCGAAAGACUUGCGUUCCUCGAACAAUCUCUUCCACUACGUGGUGCAGGACACGACGGUCGAAGACAAUGCCUUCGGCGGUUUUCAGGUCGCACUGCCCUACGUUUGGCAAUAUAACGAGAACUUUACGCACAGCGUCUACUUUGGCAAUAGCACUUGGCAGCGAAAUUGUAACUUCUUCAUAGACGUCAGCGGCCAUUACACCGUCUUCAAUAUAACCUCAAACGUGUUCCUUAGCAAUCAGUGUCCGCGUAGCUUAAUCACGCUCGACGGCAUGGAGAAGCGCAUCAAAUUCGACUACAACCGCAUAGAGAGCAAUAAUGCCAAGUUUAUCAUGGAGCUGCGCGCGGACAGUUUGAGCGAGAUCCUCGGCGAGGUACCAGCGCUAAUAGCCUACAAUACGAUCAAGGGCAAUAGCAUCGACACAAUGGCGGGCAAUUUCCGCAAUGCGCCCAUGCGACGAUAUCGUCCGCGCAAAGUGCGUCCACAGAAUCGGUUACCCAGCGCAGUUAUCCGACUAGAUGGCAUACAAAAUGUGAAGCUGUAUCGCAAUCUCAUUGCAGAGAAUCAAAUGGACUAUAACUUGGUGGCGGGUGUGCGCUCUGCGCGCUUAAACAACUACUUCCACGCGACAGAGAACUGGUGGGGCUCGAAUGACGCCAAGUUCAUUGAGUCGAAAAUAUUCGACUUCGAUACCUGGAAUGAUCACGCGGAUGUCAUUUACCAGCCGUUCCUCAUUGAGGACAGCUUCGAUGCGAGCGUCUCGCUAGUCGAUGAGCACGAUGCGGCUAUCGACCUCGAUUUCUGGACGGGUGGGCGCGUGUACAAAGAUUUAACAUUGCGCAAGCGUACCGAGCCGUAUCGCAUACUCGCCGACAUUACAGUGAUGCCAGGUGUCACACUCUCCAUACAACAUGGCGUGCAGCUGGAGUUUGAGCCCAAUGUGGGCAUUUUAGUGUUGGGUACGCUCUCGGCUGUGGGAUAUCACGAGUCGGAAAUUGUAAUGCGUCCCUUCUUCAACACAUCGCAUGAGGCUUACACACUGUUCACCAGGCGCGCCAUUGAGGAUCUGAGUCAAACACAGUCAUACGAUUCGAUUCGACUCUGCACCAGCGCCCAAAAUUGCACUACGAACCCACAGCUCUUGUUGGACGGCAUUAGCGAAGGCUUUCUCGAGUAUUUCAAUCAUACCACACUGCAGUGGGUGCCCGUUUGCGACAGCCGUUUCACCGAACGUAACGCGCAAGUGGUGUGUCGUGAGCUGGGCUUUGAUCCGCUGAAUGUCUAUUAUGGACACGAUCGCCGCAUUGAGUACCACACUAACUCGUUGACGCGUAUUUGGACGUGGGUUCAGCCGCUCGAGUGUCGCGGCGAUGAACUGCGCAUGGAAGAUUGCGCCGAACGCUUAAAUGGACAAGUCUAUGGGCGCCGACAUGAAUGCCGUUGGGAUGAUGGCUUUGUUUUCGUAUCGUGCAACAGCGCGCCGGAAGAUCAAGUCUACUGGGGUGGCAUACGAUUUGCCAAUGCAGACUUUGAGGAAAAUCAAUAUGGGCAUCGCUUCCACGAUAGUCUUUCGCAUGGACCGAUCAGUAAUCGCGAGAGCAACUUGGAGUAUGUGCGCAUUGAGAAUGCGGGCAUAUUGCAUAAUCAGAAAUCGGCAGCCAUACAAGCGAUACACAAGAAUCCGACCAUACGCUCGGUGACUAUUGUCAAUACCGCGCAUCAUGGCGUCAACUAUAUAGCGCCUAGCGGCACCAUGAAUUUGAAUCUGUUAAAUAUCAGCAACGCGUUUGGUGCGGGCAUCAACAUACUCUCGCUAACGGGCGAAGGACGUGAAAGUGAUGAGUCGAGUUUCACGCCACUCAAACACUUAGAUAUACCAAACAAACUCUUCUCGUUGGUCGACAUCUGUGAUCCCCAGAAGGUGCUGACCGUGGAGGAACGGCUGCUGGUCUACUACAAGUACGACAACAACGCUGUGAACUGCGUGAAGAUAUUCACCUCAUUGUAUCGAGCCAAGCCGAUCGGCUUCCGCUUACUACAAUCGAAUUUGUUCAAUCACUCGAAGGAGUAUGGACGCAUGGAUGUAAUACGGCUCUUCGAUGGCGAUAUCUACAACGUGACAGCGCAUUUCCUAGGCAAAAUUGAAUGGGAUAGCGGCAAUCAGCGCAAGUUCUUCAAGACGGAGAGUCCGACGUUGAGUCUGCAGUUAAUUGCGAGUGGCGCGCCUGAGUAUCACGGCUUCAUAGCGGAAAUUGUAACGGUACCCAUAUCGUCUUUGGGGCAAUUCCGCGAUGCGCUUCACAACGUCACUUACUCGCACAUCUCGGGCGCCGUGAAAUGUGCAGUCACUUAUGCCUCCGCCGGUGAGGUAACUCCUACGCUAACGCUCACCUCCAAUCGCAUACAGCGUAACUGUCACCAAUUGUAUGGCAAUUUCUCUACAUGCAAAUCAGCGCUGAGCAUCGAUGUGCAGAAUAUGCAUUCGCUUUAUUUUAUGAACAACUUAGUCAUGGACAACCAGGGCGGUCUGAGCAUACGCGCUGAUUCUCGCGGUUCAGCCACAUCGCUACGCGGUUUCAUACAUCACAAUUUAUUCUUCCGCAAUCGUAAUCGUCCGGCGUUGUAUGUGGAGGGUCGUCAGUCGUCACCGUAUCAAGAGAUCGAGCUGUAUCGCAAUUAUUUUGCACAGAACAAAGCUGGCUUUGAGGAUAUUAUUAAACUGCAUCAGGUGGUUUCCAACUUUAGUUAUAAUUUUGUGCACAGCAAUGUGGGUGGACGUAUUGUGGAAAUUUCAGGCUUUGAGAAUGUACGUCUGCCCAUCUAUCAGACGACAUCGCAUAAUGGGUUUUAUAGCAAUGUCGCUACGAAUUGGAUGGGUCGCGCGACAAUUGUAGCCGGCACAGCGGGUCAGCAAUAUGUUGACAAUAUAUUCGAGAAUCCUGAGAAUGAUUACGAAAUGAUAACUGUGAAUAAUUCCAUUUUGAAUGUUGAUUAUGUGAUCAAUAGCACCAUUGAACUCUGGCGCUCGAAGAUCGAUGCUAGACACAACUAUUGGAGCUAUAACAAUACGAUAUCGGUGCAGUCGCGCAUACGCGAUAAAUCAGACGAUCCUCUUUUGCUCGAGGUGCAAGCGGUGCCCUUCCAAAUGAACAAUCUCACCAUACUCGAUGGCAAAUGUCCGCCCGGUUGGGCGCUGCUGCAGGAUACCUGCUUCAUUUAUGUAGGCGCACCUUUGACAUUCCAUGAAGCGCGCGCCUUCUGCCGCAGCGAAAACUCGACGAUGCCUUUCAUACGCACCGACAGCACAACGCUGUGGAAGUAUUUGCAAGGACAAAUGCGCCACUUGAAAUACCCCGAAAAAGUGUGGAUCCAAGACUUCAAUCACAUCGAUCGCUGUACGAGCUUUGCCUUUACCACAACCGAGGUGGAAGAUUGCGGCAAUGAGUUCGGUUUCAUUUGUGAAACGGAUCCAAGGGUCGUCAUCGAUCCACUCUCUUGGCGCGCCGAUAUUUUUGCGAUCAGCAUAAUUUCCGCCUUCAUUUUGGCCAUAAUUUUGCUGCUAAUGGUCGCCUUCUGUUGGUAUGCCAAAUCGAAGCAGCGACACGCUCAACGUUUGCAGCGCCGUAAUAGCAUACGCCAGAGCUUGCGAAGCUUGAAUAGCAUUGAUCCGCAGGGCUCGUUGCGGCGACGAAACUUUAACAUGUCCACGUCGACUGGCACGCUCUCCAAGCAGCUGGGUCAAGACUACAAAAUGAUGGGUAACGGCUCCAUCGAUUCCAUGGACAAAAGCGUGCUUAGCUCCGAAGCGAGCUUUGAGGCAUACGACAAUCAAACGGCGCACCCGAGCGAGUAUCAAAAACCGAGCUAUAACGAUUAUGUCACUCAGCACUCGGUAAAGGGAGGAGCAAAUGGUGCUGCCACCAAAUCGAAUGAACCCUACAAAAUUGCAACAAUCGGCUCCGUUUCGAAGGCGUCCACCGCACGCGGUCGCACACCUAGGCUGCCAGACUCAUUCGAGCUAUCCUACCGCAAUGAAGGUUUCCGUGACAACUCCACUUACGCUAGCACGCUAACAACUUCUGUGGCCACAAGCAUUGCCGAAGAUACGCCCAUCAUACAUCAGACGGACAUCGAGGAUGCCAAUUCAGAUUACUACGGCAACGCGAGCACUUUGCCGCUACACAGCGGCGGCAAUGAGAGCCUCUCUUUCCUGCGUGAGUUGAAGCAGAAUUUACCACCACCCGCCUACAAUAAGCCACAUCGGCAAAGUCACAGCAGUUUUCUGCCCGGCGCCAAUGGUGGGACGACGCGUCCCACAAGCAGCUCACAAUUGAGCAAUGACUCGCAUUCCAGUACGCUGCCGUACGAACAGAAGAUCGAUAAUUUACAUUUUACGCCUGUCACGCAGCGCGCUGAAGAGAUGCCACUAUUCCGGCAUGAAUUGGCUGCUGGUGGACUGCCGACGCCGCCACCCGAUAUGCGGCGGCCAGAUUCCUAUUAUACAGCGGUGCGUAGUAGUAAGGCGCCACCGCCGUCCAACGCGAAGUUGGGUGUGGCCUCUAAGCCGCAAGCUAUGGGCGCAACGAAGCCAAUGACGGCGGCCGCCAAGAAUCACGGUUACAGCCAAAAUGGCAGCCAGAAUGGUAGACGUCCAAAGACUGUUUAUAAAACUGCCAGUCCCGAACCGACGGCAUACCAUCGCUCCAGAUCGGAAGCUUUGCUGGAGACGGAUUUCGACGAUGAAUCGCCGAGUAUGGUGCCGCUAAGCACGAACAGUCGCAGCUAUAGCCAGCCGUUGGAGACGGCAAUGUAGAUAGAUAGGGGUGAGUGGUACGAAUCGUACUACUGAAGCGAAGAAAACACGAAGUAAGAACGACAGAACAGUAUACACACGCAUCAUCACAAACAUUAUCGAUAUAUCGACUACACUCAUACACCUCUUUUUUUUAUCAUAACAAUUAAUUAAUUUGUAUUUAUAUUUUAAGCGCUUCAGCUAAUUAAAUCAUAAUUUUUAUAUAGCAUAAAUAUUAGGUUAAGUGAUUUCGAUCUACGUUCAACGAUUAUAUAUGCCUUAAUGCUACUAUAGCUAGCCGAAUGUAUUUAGCAAGUAAAUAAAGUAAGAUAUACAUAUAUUUAACGCUG